CGCGUGGGGGUCACGUGAACGGGAGCGCAGCGGCCAUCUUAGAAUCGGAGAAUCCGCAGAGAAGCGGCGGCGGCGAUAGUGUGUGAGAGAAAGCGAGAAGGAGAGACGGAGGCGGACCACUCUGCUUUAUACCAGAUUUAUUUCUUUUAGGUGGUGGUGAGACAUCAAGUCAUCAGAAUAUACUCUGCAAACUUAUUCCUGGCUGUAGUACAGUUUCAUUAGCACUUGGAGUACUGUCCUAAUACAAGCUAAAAGGGCGCAGAGCUGGUAUCCACAACCUUCUGAUGCACUUGUCUCUAUGGCUGCCAGCGCUAGACUUCGUGUCAGACGCUGUCCCCACCAAUAUCUGAACUAAAAUACAAACUACGAAAACACUGAUACUGAGACCAAUUGUAGUAUCCCUAUCGCCAUCCUAACUGACAAAAAAAAUCCAGCUGAGCCUCUGGGGGAGAUUGUUGAAGCAAGCAAGUAUUUUUUUGAACCAUAAAAGGAAUAUAAGAUCAAUUCAUCCAUUGUUGGCCUCUCAGAGCAACAUACCUUGGGAGUCUCCAACGCUGCUUGUAGGUUGGGGACCUGAUCUUGGGUCAAGAACUGUUGUCAAAGACAAGGAAAUGGCAGCGGAGACUCAGACACUCAACUUUGGACCAGAAUGGCUUCGUGCAUUGUCCAGUGGUGGAAGUGUUGCAUCCCCACCUCCUUCACCUGCAUUGCCAAAAUACAAAUUAGCAGAUUAUCGUUAUGGACGAGAAGAAAUGCUAGCACUUUAUAUGAAAGAUAAUAAGGUUCCUGAAGAGUUGUCAGAUAAAGAAUUCCUGGCUAUUUUACAGGAUGAACCACUUCUGCCCUUGGCACUUGUACCUCUUACAGAGGAAGAACAGCGAAACUUUUCAAUGUCUGUCAACAGUUCGGCAGUGAUGAGGUUGAUGGGGCGGGGAGGAGGAGCCCCACCAGCAGGGGUGGUCAGAGGCCGAGGCGGUGCCAGGGGCCGGGGUCGAGGGAGAGGGGAAAGCAGUUAUUACCAAAGAAGUUUUGAAGAUGGAGAAGGGGGGUUUGGUCGUGGAGGACGUGAAAUGCUAAGGAGUCAGAGCUGGGAGGAAAGAGGUGACAGAAGAUUUGAGAAGUCUGGCCGUAGAGAUGGAGUACGGGUAGGGUUUGAGGAAGUGGCUCCAACCUCGCGCAAGCAGGAUUUUGCUCGCUCCGACAGUGAGAACUGGCGAGCCAUCCGCGAAGAGCAGAAUGGUGAAGAUGAGGAUGGAGGUUGGAGGACAGCUGGAGCAAGAAGAGAAGGUGAUCGGUGGCGACCUCCUAGUCCAGAUGGUCCUCGCUCCGCAGGCUGGAGGGACCAUGCUGAUCAGCGGCGGCGCAGGUUUGACUUUGACUUCCGGGAGCGAGACGAAGAACGUUCGUACAGGCGGGGCAGGACAGGCAGUGGCAGCUAUGAAGAGGAGAAGGAUAAUUUGCCUGAAUGGUGCCUAGAAGAUGCAGAGGAAGAGAUGGGGACAUUUGAUUCAUCUGGGGCUUUCAUGUCUUUAAAGAAGGGUUCCAAGGAGCCAAUUCCUGAAGAGCAGGAGCUGGAGUUCAGGGGAGUGGAUGAACUGGACGAGCGACCGGAAAACGAAUAUGAUAUGGAAUUUUACAAGGAAUCUGAAAGGACAGAAAAUGGUGAUGCAGACAGAACAGAUCUGCACACUGAAGCAUUCAACGGCAAGACCUCUCCCUCAUGCUCGUCUUCCUCUCCCUCGGAAUCCCAGCCCCAGGAGGCAUUCCUUCCAGUACCUGAAGAAUGUGAGGCAGUUGUACAUCGGACUGAGACAGAUGUGACAGAUUCUGUGUCAGAUACGCAAGGACACAAAGCUGUUGAUGAAGCUGUGAAUUUGGGCCAGCCUGCUCAGCUGAGUCCAGCCACGGUCUCAACUUUAUCAUCCUCUUCACCUUCCUCUUCUCCUCCAUAUCCUGGCACUGCUGCUGAAUUCAUACCGGCAGAUAAUGACGACGAUGAAGGGAUGAAACGGUUUGAGCAGGAAGCUGAAAAAAUGGUUGCAUCGCUGCACGACAACUCACUAGACGAUGAGCGGUUUGUCGAGAUGAUGCAAGAUCAAAGAAGUCGAGCUGCUGCUGCCGCCUUGCCCCUCUCACAUGAGGCAGCUAUGAAGUGGUUCUACAAAGAUCCACAAGGGGAGAUUCAGGGCCCAUUUACAACGCAGGAAAUGGCUGACUGGUUCCAAGCUGGAUACUUUCCCAUGUCCCUGCUGGUCAAACGGGGUUGUGAUGAGGGUUUCCAGCCUCUGGGCGACGUGAUAAAAAUGUGGGGAAGAGUGCCUUUUGCUCCUGGACCCUCCCCGCCACCAUUGCUGGGCGAUAUGGACCAAGGGAGAUUGAAAAAACAGCGAGAGUUGGCAGCUGCCCUGUAUCAUCAGCUUCAGUACCAGCAGUUUCUACAGCUCAUAAACAGUCGGCAACAGCUCUUACAGUGUGCACUGCAGCAGAAGGCAAACAUGACACCCCAACAGCAGCAACAACUUGUGCUGUUCCUGCAGCAGAUCCAGAACCUCAAAUCCAGGUGUGCAGAACAAAAUUUGAUUCCUCCUAUCAACAGAUCUGUGUCAGUUCCCGAAACUGGGUCCCUCUGGGACCUUCCAACCUCUGCUUCACAGCCCUCAGGCUGUGAAGCAGGUAGUUUGUGGGAUUCAGCAUCUCAGGGUCCACUACUGGAACAAAUUCAAAAGCUGGAGCGAGAGAAGGCUACAAAACUGAAGCAGGAGCGAAGAGACGUGGAGCUAAGGAACAAAAGGGAAGAGGAUGACAGAAAGCGACAGGAUGAAAUCCGAUGGCAAGAGGAAGAACGCAAACGUAGGGAUGAAGAUGAGCUGACAAGGAGGAAACAGGAAGAGGUGGUCCGAUUUCAAAGGGAACAGCAAGAGGAAGCUGCCCGGCGCCAAAGAGAGGAAGAGGAUCGAAGACAAGAGGAGGCCCUGAGGAGACGCGAUGAGGAGGAAAGGCGGCAGAUGGAGGACAUUCUCCGAAAACAGGAGAAGGAUCGGCGAUGGAUGGAGGAAGAGGAAAGCAGGCGCCAGCUGGAGGAAGAGGCCAGGCGCAGGCUUGCUGAGGAGGAGGAGCGGAAGCGCAAAGAGAUGGACCUGCAGCUUCAGCGGCAGCAGGAAAUGCUGAGGCACAGGCAGCAGCAGCAGGAGGCACUGAGGCGCUUGCAGCAGCAACAGUUGGCACAUAUAAAGAUCCCUUCUUCCACUACAUGGGGGCAGCAAUCCAACUCGGUACCACCUCUUCAGAAGCUGGAGGAGGAGCGGCAACGCAGGGAGGAGCAGUGUCGUCAGCAGCAGGAGAUAAUGAAGGCACUCCAGCAGCACCAGCAGAAGUCACCUGGCUGGAACAGUAUUCCCAAGCAGUCUAUGUCUGUAAAAUCACUACUGGAGGUGCAGCAGGAACUGCAGAAACAGCAGCAGCAAAGGGUACAGGCACGAGCUCAUUCUAGUAUACCUAUCAACAACUCUUCAGUAUGGGGAUUGCCUGGUCAGUGGGGAUCUGACAUGAAUAGCAUGUGGAGUGUGCACGAAACCAAGAACUCUAACAUAAGCCUGUGGGGGGACGAAGCUGUGAAGAGCACAGGCCCUGUGAUCAGGAAUGCAGGGUUGAAGAACAGCAGGAGCAGUCCUUCACUAAGUGACUCGUAUGGAAUUCCCACCCGACCAAGCAAGAAGAAGACUGAAGACGAGGAAAAGUUACUGAAGCUCUUCCAGGGAAUGAACAAAACUCAAGAUGGCUUCACACAGUGGUGUGAACAAAUGCUGCAUGUCCUCAGUACAGCCAACAACCUAGAUGUUCCUACGUUUGUGUCCUUCCUUAAAGAAGUGGAAUCGCCAUACGAGGUGCAUGAUUACAUUCGUGCAUACCUGGGUGACACCCCUGAGGCCAAAGAGUUUGCCAAGCAGUUCCUGGAACGUCGUGCCAAACAGAAGGCCAAUCAGCAAAGGCAGCAGCAGCAGCAACAGUUAACGAAGGAGCUUUUGGGCCUCACUGGGAAUCUCUCUCUGCAGCCUGACAGAUUACAGGACUCCAUCUGGGGGCUCGGUUCAAACGGCUUACAGUCGCUGUUCCAGGCUAAUCACAAUAGCGCACAGCAGUCAUCUUAUGAGAGCUCCCAAGCUGGGAAAAAGAAGAAAAAGCAAAAGAUGGUGAGGGCUGACCCUAGUAUCCUGGGCUUCUCUGUGAACGCAUCAUCAGAGCGACUGAAUAUGGGAGAAAUAGAGACGAUGGAUGAUUUUUAAAAAAAGGUUUUUUUAAAGUUCCUAAAAGCUGCCUUUGACUCCUUAUUGACCGUACCUGGAACAUGCUUCAUGGUAGGCGUCCGCAGUGAUGAAUCCAGGAUCUCCGCUCCCUGUGCUGGCAAGAAGUGUGAAAAUUCACUUAAUUUUUGUUUUGUGAACCCUCUGGGUACUUCUACUCUUCAUUGGAUGAAGCACCUUAAUAACCAUGCACUUUAUCAGACAUUGUACAUAGACUGAAACUGGAGGUUUUCUUGAAUAUAAAGUUCCUUUUUUUUUGGAAAUAUAUCUGCAAAACACUGUUACUGUUUUUAAAAAAAAAAAAGUUUUUUUUUCUUUGAAAGGAUGUGGAACCUGAAGAAAUGCACUUAAAAGACUGAAUCCAGAACUGGAACUUAUGGUGUGCUAUAGUUUGGACAAUGUGAUUUUUGAGUGUUUAGGUCCCUUUUUAAACAAAAAAAAAAGGCAAAGAGAGGAUCAGGAGGCCACUUACUCAGUUUUGCUUUGGUUGCACAUAAAGCACCGAGCUACAUUGGACUAACCCGGACAGCACUGCGCAAGAGUGGAUUUUCAGCAUUUACGUGGUGCUUAAUACAAGGAAUGUAUAAAAAAGACAAUAAAUUCAUACUUGGACAGAGUAGUUCAAGUGGACUGCUGCGUUGACAGCUUUUUUGUUUUUUAUUUUUUAAAAAAAGCUAUUUUCCCCACCCCUUUCCUAGGUUAAGUACUUCUUAACCCAGGAAUCCAAGCUCACCGGCAGUAACGCAGAACCCAUGCUGUCUAGUCAGCCGCGCGGACUGCAAUGCACCCGGAAGUGGAUGGCGGCUGACGAAUCGGAAAAAGAGGAAUGGAGAGAGACCAGCCCUCCAGUUUGCUUUGUUCUUCAAAAGGUUGCAAGACAGCGGCAAACCGCUACAAAGAACUCGCUUUUUUUCAUCACCCCCAACCCACCCCCACCCCCACCUUAGUCCACUGAGGUGACUUAACAGCUGUGCAAGGGCUGUACGCUAUAAUUACCACUAUUCAUGUGGGACCAUUUCAGUCUUGUGUCUUUUGUUUAAGAGGAUAGUUGUACUUUGGUCUGUUUGUGUGUGUGUGUGUGUGUGUGUGUAUUUUUUUCCCAAAUAUAAACUUCUGUUCCCUUUCGGAAUAGACCUAGAGUGGUAGGACUGAAGUGCAUCUUUGAAAGUCAGCUGCUUUGUAUUUGGACUCUGGUGGAAUGGCUCCCACUGAUAAUGCAUGUGUUUUUUUUAAUUCUUUGUUUUCUCUUAUCAAACCACAACUUGUCUUAAAGCUUUAAGAAAUGAAGCAAAUCACAAAUUGGCAUCCAGAAAGUCUGGGUGAAGAAGUGUGCAUGCUUCACAGGUGACUCUUUGGGAAGAUUGAAACCACAGUGAGGUCUAGUUGACUUGUGACAAGACAGAGUAAAGUCAAUAAGUGUUUGUAGAGUAUAUUUUUUAAAAAAAAACCUUUGAGGAGAGACGACAAAAGGAACGGGUUCAGGUUCGAUUUAAAAGCUACACCAGCUGGGCACAGAGCUUUACAGUGCAGAAUUAUCCCAGGUUGCAAACUCUGGUGCCUCCUGGCUAAGGCAGCAGUAUAUUUCUUCAGUUCCCCCCAGACCAAGGUCAGUUGAUUCUGCUAGCAUUAUCCAUUCUGCCCCAGUGGCUUCUGGUAUAUAGCAUCCAGUGGAUCUGGAAGUGGGCUUAGCUAUGAUUGCAUGUCUGCUUUCCAGAGUUAUGGAUGUUUGAAUCAAGAACCUAAUUUUGUGAGAUAUUGGAAUGGGACCUGCAGAGAGUUUGCUUGCAGUACCAGAGAAGGGGACCUGGGUUGGGCACAGUGGUUUGGAAUUGAUUGCACGUCAUUUACUCAUUGUGGUAACCAUGGUUAUAAUGUAAUUGAGUGUAAAUGUAAAGACCAUUUCAGUAUUAACAGACCUCAAGUGUACUUUCACAACUCGAGUGAGUGCAUCUUAGAAUUUGUUGGUGUGAAAAGGCUGUUUGCAUCUCUGUAAAAGCUUUGUGUCUCAUUUCUCCCCCCCCACCCCCAUCUUUUCGUUAAAUGCAUUCAACUAGCUAAUCUAUUAUAUACACACUCCAGAGCACUGUUUAAAAUAGGAAAUGGGCAUGAGGAAGGUAAAUGUGCAUCUGUUACUGUGUCACCCACAUAUGUGUGUCCACUUGCCCUACAGCAAACAGAGGCAGCAGCUUUAAUCCCUGAUGACAUUGGUUUUAUGCCCAUCCCACCCAAUACACCAAUGCAUUGGUUAAUUCCUGCAGAGGAUGCAAGGAGGGAAAGUGAGUUUUGUUGUUCGUAAUGGUAUUUUCCGUGCCUGCUUUGAGAUUACUGAUUCUGUUUUUCUUUUUUAAAAAAACUCCGGCAUUUGGGGAAAAAAAAGUUAUCCUCGUUAAAUUGCCCUAAAGUAAGUUAAUUGGAUUGUUUUUUUUUAAAGCUAACUUUGUUUAAAUUGGUAGGAGUUAGAGGCUUUUUAUUGAAUGGGCUGUGCUGCAUUAAGUCUGAGUUGCUUUUUUGAGAAUCCAGUUUGUAAACAGUGUUUUUAAUUGUGUGCUUAUUCACAGGUCAGCACUUCCUUAAUCGCGUAUGCUGGGGGAAAUAUGCACACAAAAUUAAGAAAUUAAUGUACUUGGACUGUUGCAUUAGAUGCAGCCAGAAUGGCACAACUUGUCCUUUUCCCAGGUACCCUGUAUUUGAAUUUAUCCCCAUGUAAAUCUCCUGUUUCCCCUACACUCCCUGCAUCCAAAGCCAGUAAUUGUUGUAAGUGGUAACCUGGUUAGAGUAUGCACACUAUUCAUAAGUUUACUUAUCUUCUACCCACCUAACAUGUAGGUUAGCAUUCAAGUGGUGUCUUUUGACAAGCAGGCUAGCACUACUUCAAAAUUCAGGAAAAUACGCACAAUAUUCUUUUCCAAGUGGGUUGGGCACACUGAGUUGGUAUCAGUCUGUGACUUCAAAUCCACUGAAGAUAUUUUUUUUACUGUCCAUUUCUCCCAGCAAUCAUCUUGUAUUACUUUUAAUAUAAAGUUCUCCUGGGUAGAUUGGUUGCAAUUUACAAAACAUGAUCUUCCCUAUGAAAGAGUUCACUGCUGCCACCAAGCUGGUUUACUUCUAAUUGUGGUGUGGUAUGUUCUGAAUUGGUUCCUUCAAAUGACUCCACCUUCAUCCACCAUGGCAGUAUAACGAAGCUCAAGGCCCUUUCUUCCACCUGUGCCCCAGCUUGAGAUUGCAAAAUAGGUAUUUGUACUGGUGGGUGUUUCUCAGAUGUAUGUGCUUUUUCUGGUCAUGGUUGAGAAACGUGUGGCCUUGGUUAAUGUUCCUAGGUCUCAAGUGUGGUCUAAUUUAAUCCUGAUGAUAGCAAUGUGGUCAAUAGGAUUGAAAUCCACCAAGAGUGAUGGAAAGAUAAGCAUAGGACAAAUGCAUCAGUUGCUGCAAGGGUUGGACUCCAGAGCAUUGCAUUGACUCCUGGCUCUAGUUUGGUUUUAUUUUUUUUUUAAAAAGCCUACUCCCCUUCCCCAGGCCAUGGCAGUCAGCAAUGCUCAUCUCGGGGUAAGCUUCACUGCAACACUUACUCAUUUGUGCCCAUUUAUGUUCGGCUGCUAUUGAAAGGAACAAAGAUUGUAUGACUAUAAAGCCAUGAGCUAGCUUAUUCAGCCUAGGCUGUACUGGUCCAGAUAUGAAGCACCACUUAUUGCAUAAGCUAAAUUAAUUCUGCACUCUUCUCAGUGUAGAUGUGUAUAUUUUAAACCAUGUCGAGGUUUUUUCUUUUGCGCAAUGCCACGUAUUGCUUUCUGGAGAACAUCCAGGAAUGUAGGCAGAUGAAGGAGGUAUAUUUUUUGGCUUGGGCAGGGAGGGACAUUGGAGAGUUAAUGCAAGUUGGAUGACUUAUUUGCACAAUUGUUUCAUUUGAUUUUACAACCAAUAUCUGUUGUGGGGGAGGUGGGUUGGGGUGGGGUAUGGGUGUAAUGUACUUUUUUAAAUUGUUGUGCAUAAUCCCGAGCUUUGUAGAUACUUUGCUUACCAUAUAAAUAACUUGUACUUUUGGUUGGAAGCCUGACUACAGAGUAAAAUUUAAACCUCCCUCUGCUAAACACAAGAUAUUAUUUUCCAGGUUGGGGAGCUCUGUGAAUACUGCCUUUUCACAAGUCUUUCAAGCUUUGCAUUCUUUUUGUGGAUGUAAUAAGGGGAGGGGGCGGGUGGUUAAAUAAGACAAGUGUAUAUAGUUUGAGAUGUAAAAAAAACAGAAUAAAUUCGUACUGGGUUUCUGAACUGAAAUGGCUUUUUUGUGGUUGUACAUUUCUCACCUCAUAUUUAGAUCGUCACUGAGCCUUACACCCUUUAAACAGUUUAC